CAGGCAGAUCUCGGUGACGUCAUCGAGUUUGUCAAGCCCCCUUCCUGCCCAUCGGAAGGGAAGCGAAGAACAGAAAACCUUUGAGUUUAUAUAAAUAAAACCGAUUUUUAGACAAUAAUUUCGCAAGUUCAGUAAAAUGCCACUGUUUGACGGGCUGGGAAGCGGAGGAGAGAAGACUGCGGUUGUUAUUGAUUUGGGAGCAGCGUACACAAAAUGCGGCUUUGCAGGGGAAACGGGGCCAAGAUUCAUAAUUCCAAGCAAAAUUCGGAAGGCAGGACAGCAACAGAUGGUCAAAGUGGUUCAGUACAACAUCAACACAGAAGAACUGUAUGUCAUCCUCAAAGAGUUUAUCCAUAUGCUGUACUUCAGGCACCUGCUGGUGAACCCCCGCGACAGAAGAGUGGUCAUCGUCGAGUCCAUCCUUUGCCCGUCUCACUUUAGAGAAACGCUUACCAAGGUUUUCUUCAAAAAAUUUGAGGUGCCCUCUGUGCUCUUCGCACCGAGUCACCUCAUGUCCAUCAUGACUUUGGGCAUCAACUCUGCACUGGUGAUGGACUGUGGCUACACAGAGACCCUGGUGCUGCCUGUUUAUGAGUGCACUCCUAUUCUGCCAGCUUGGGAAGCUUUGCCUUUGGGUGGGAACGCAAUUCAUAAAGAAAUGGACGGACUUCUUGUGGAACAGUGUACUGUUGAUACAGACACCAUGACUGGACAGAGUGUCCCUGCUGUCAUUGGAACAGUGACAGAGGAGAUUGUUGAGGACAUUAAAGUCAGAACGUGCUUCGUCAGCGACAUGGAUCGAGGUCUCAGUAUCCAAAAGGCCAAAUUUAACUUGGAUGGAGCAGCUGAACGUCCAGCUCCGCCCCCUGAUGUUGAUUAUCCUUUGGAUGGGGAAAAAAUUCUGCAUAUCAAAGGCUCAAUCAGGGACUCUGUGAUGGAAAUCCUGUUUGAGCAGGACAACGAGGAGAAGAGUGUGGCCUCUCUGAUACUUGACGCUCUGGUCAAGUGCCCCAUUGAUACACGGAAGGUGCUGUCAGAGAACCUGGUGGUGAUCGGCGGCACGGCCAUGCUGCCGGGUUUCAUGCACCGUCUGCUGGCAGAGAUACGCCUCCUGGUGGAGAAACCAAAGUACCGCAACGUGUUGGCCAGCAGGAGCUUCCGCGUUCACACCCCACCCGCCAAGCCCAACUGCACCGCUUGGCUCGGAGGCGCCAUCUUCGGCGUGCUGCAGGACAUCCUGGGCAGCAGGUCGGUGUCCCGAGACUACUACAACCAGACAGGACGGAUCCCAGACUGGUGCUGCUUGAGCUCCCCUCCUCCGGAAUCUCUUUACGAAGCCGGGAAGACACCGCCUCCACUCAUGAAGCGGGCCUUUUCCACAGAGAAGUAGAUUGUCCUUUCAGUAUGUUCUCCUUCACAUGUCAGCAUGAAUCACUUUAAAGUGACAAGAACACAAAACACAGGAUGGGCCGAGUGUCUUUCAUCAUUUUGGAUGUUUCUGAUUUUAUCAACCAUGAAAUAUUGUAUGAACUUUACAUAUUUUAAUACUAUUGGUUAGAUUUACCAAAUACAUUUUACCCAGCAACAACAGAGACAUCACAUUCAUAAAUGAGUUUCCUUCACAUAAUAUUUCUGCAUUGGUUUGAUCACACAUAUUUCAGAUAUGAUCUGUUUAAUGACACGAGCUAUAAAGCAAUAAGAGGCGCUGAGGCCCAUUGGUGCCAGCACCUCUCCCUGGAUUCUGCAGCACAAUACAGAUGAGAGUCUGACUCCCCCGGGAUGGGACUAGAACCCAUUGAUGGCUGGAUAGAGUGUGAGAAUGCACAUGAAGGGUCUCAUCUAAAGCCACAGGGAGGCAGCGUGACCAAAAAUUAACCCAGGUCACUGAGGUUCCAUCCCGUUGAGCUGCAGAGAUCUUCAGACCAGUAGAAAUGCUAUCUAAGCCUGAUAGGCAUAAAUCCUACUUAUCUUGGGGAUGAUUAGAUGUGAUCGUGUGAGUUUCCAUAAUUCAGUAUAUCAAUCCCUCUCUAAAGGAGGUACUUGUUCCAAAUGUGCUUCUUUGUCGCAGAAGCUCAGUGUUGCUUUUUACAAAGUUACGUAAUUAGAAUGUCGAAUGCAGUCCCCCUACAAACCAUAGAGCUUAUCCACAUGUGGUCGUAGGUCAGGAAGAACAUGGAUUGACUUUUCCACGUCACUGAGACCAUCUUUUAUUCCUGCAAUAUACUUGAAUGGAAUACUGCAAGAGGAUGCGUCGCUUUCGGUGCAACUGCGUGGUCUCCCGAAGGUGUAUCAUUGGUAUGCGUUUUGUCAUUGUCAUUACUUUGUUGUAGAAUUAGGCAAAAAUCAAACAGAAUUGUUUUAUGUUUCACAGAAAUGUUCAACAUGAAUGCAUAAGUUGUUUUCUCACUGAUUCCUCAACAGAUUUGUGAGAGGGUGUUUAUUUUUCACUGUUAUUUAUGUGAUGACGACAAUGCUCAUGUAAGCUUUUUGUUUUUGUAAUUUAAGUUGCGAUUUAAAAAAAAAAAAAAGUCUAAAUGGCCUACUACAUUCUUUCCAGGUUGCAUUUGAAUGUGUGCUAAUAUGUUAUAAAUUGUCAUAAAAUUGGAAGUUGUGAAUUAAAUGUUGCAGUGAAACC